GUAUAGUGUUUGGAACUCUUGCUUUAUCAUCAAUGAAAAAUGACUUCUUCAUUACUUCUCAUUCGAUUAAUAUUUUCAUUCGUUAGUUAAUAAUUUCUUCUGUUUACCGGGACAUUUAACUUAUCGACAAUGUUUUAACAGCAUUUUUAAAUAAUGCAAACUAAUUCGUCAUAAUAAAUGAUAUUUAGUCCUCAAUUUCUCAAUUUUCGUGUCCUCAAUUUUCUAACCUACAUAAAUACAUUUUCAACUUGGAGUAAUGUCCUGUAUGUAAUUAACACAGAUAAAGUGUGCAGCUACAAGCCGGUUGAUUAUCGAAAGUCGAACUUAUUGCUAAAAGAUUUCUUACAAAAUUGGUUUACAACUCGCAGUAAAUACGCAUAGUUGCAAUAGAGAUGCAAUUUCGUAUACACGAUUGUAUUUUAGGUUAGUCUGAUCCACAGGCUGACUUACGAGGUUAUUGUUAAUAAUUAUUUAUUUCUUUACGAAACUCGUAUGUCACGUGUGUGUCGAUACUCAAAUUGUGUAUAAUAUGACGCUUUUCUGGAAGCUACUGAUUAAUCCUGGUGUUCUACGAAAACCAGGAUGUAGCAUCGUUAUAUCGCAGAAGCACUUGUUCGAUUCGUGCUUGAUAAAACAAACCCUCAAAGUGUCAAGGACAGACCGCGCGUUUGGUGGACUCAGGCAUCAUAUGACUAACGCAAUUGAGUCCAAUACUUCAACGUCUGUCGCGCGUUCAGCGAAGGCAAGGAAGAGCUCGGAGUUGAGGAACCUGAUUGUUUUGGCUGUUCCUGAAAAAUGGACCCUAAUGAAGGCCAUUGCACUGUUGCUCGUGUCAUCGAGCGUAACGAUGGCAGUCCCGUUUUGCUUCGGCAAAGUGAUAGAUAUCAUCAACAGUGCAGAAAAGGCAAAUAUGAAGGAGAACCUGAAUCGUCUAACGCUUGCGCUGUUUGUAAUAUUUCUCAUAGGUGGUGUGAGUAAUUUUGGCAGAGUUUAUUUAAUGUCCACAGCGGGAUACAGAGUGACGCAGUCCCUAAGAAAGAAAGCGUACUCCGCUAUUCUUCGACAGGAGACAGCAAUGUUCGACAAAGAGAGCACGGGAGAACUGAUUGGCAGAUUGAGCGGAGAUACACAACUAAUUAGCUCUGCAGUCACGUCUAAUGUAUCAGAUGGUCUACGCUCUGCUAUUAUGGCCGUUACAGGCAUGUCUAUGAUGUUUUACGUGUCGCCAUCGCUCGCUCUACUCGGCUUGGCUAUACUGCCACCCGUUGUCGGUGUUGCUGCCAUUUGGGGACGAAUUUUAAAAAGGACCUCCAAGGACUUGCAGAGCAGUUUCGCAAUACUUAAUACGACUGCGGAGGAAACGAUCAGUAAUAUAAGGACUGUCAAAGCAUUCGCGCAGGAAGGACGGGAGAUAGACAGAUACGGCGUCAAGUUGCAAGAUGUUUUAAAACUGUGUUACAAGGAAAGCUUGUACAGAGGAAUGUUCUUCGGUAUGACUGGUUUCUCGGGGAACGUUAUCGUCUUGUCGGUCCUUUACAAUGGAGUAUUCAUGGUGUCAAGCUCUGACAUAACAAUCGGGAGCUUAAGCGCGUUCCUGCUGUACGCGGGAUACGUAGGGAUAUCCAUGAACGGACUGUCGAAAGCGUAUACCGAGCUGAACAAGGCUCUAGGCGCGAAUUCUCGCCUGUUCGAGCUAAUUAAUCGACAGCCGCUUAUUCCCAUUCAAGGCGGGCAAAUUUUAGAGAGAGAACUGUCAGGCAACGUGAUAUUCCAAAACGUUUCCUUCGCUUACCCAACGCGGAAGACGAUGUUCAUACUGAAAGGAUUUAAUUUAAAUAUCGAGAAAUGCUCGAUGACAGCCAUCGUGGGCUGUUCAGGCUCUGGCAAGUCUACCGUGGCGUCGCUUUUACUGAGACUGUACGAUCCUACGAAGGGAACGAUACUUCUAGACAAUCACGAUCUUCGGUUACUCGAUCCCACGUGGGUGAAAUCCCAAAUUAGCGUUGUCUCCCAAGAACCGAUUCUCUUUAGCUGCUCGAUAAGAGAGAAUAUAUUGUAUGGAAUGGAGUCUGCCACGAAUUCCGACGUGGAAGAAGCCGCACGACUGGCGUACGUGUUGCAAUUUACGGAAAAAAUGACGGACGGAUUAGACACGGUCGUUGGGGAAAGAGGCAUUGCACUCAGUGGCGGGCAACGCCAGAGAGUCGCCAUUGCCAGGGCGUUAAUAAAGAAGCCAAAAAUUUUAAUACUGGAUGAAGCAACUAGUGCCUUAGACGCAGAAAGCGAAUAUUUCGUUCAGGAGGCUUUAGAACACGCUAUUCGUGGAAGAACAGUGAUAACGAUUGCACACAGACUUAGUACAAUAAAGAAUGCCGAUAAAAUCGUGGUACUUGACGGUGGACAAGUGGCAGAAACCGGUACUUACACCGAAUUAAUGAACUUGGAUCAUGGUCACUUUAAAAAAUUAGUAAAACAUCAAACGUUCACGUAGAAUAGGUGUAAAGAAAUCGUUAAACGGAUUAUUAUUUAUCGAAACGAUAUAAUAUCCUUUUUAUGUAUUGAUAAUGUAUUAUAUGUACAUGUGUGUGUAUAUAUAUAUAUAUCUAUUUAUUUCCAAGCAUCCAAACUUUUGGAAAGUUUCGUAAUAUCAGUGAAUUUUCUGGCUGAAAUAAAAGUAAGAGAGUGAAAUGUUGUAUUUAGUGCUGUACAUUUAUUGUUGAAUGUUAUAGAAAGAUAUGUAACAUACUAUUCGCGAAAAUAAUUACAGACGGCGAGGUAUAA